UAGGUUCCACAAUGGUACAGGCAGCCUCCCGCUGCACAAUGGUUUCCAGGCAGUGAGAGAGGGUGAUUCAGCAAGCCACUCUUCUCUUUAAUCCUUCCGUCUCUUUUUUUAUUUUUAUGGGGGUGGGUGGUGCUUCAUAUAUUAAAUCCUUACCUUUUUGUUUUUCUAUUUUCAUUUUUACAAAUUUUCUUUCUCUUCCUCACUCUUCAAUUCCUAGGGGUUAGUGUGAGCUAAAGAUUGGUUCUUCUUGGAAAUCACCUGGCUAUUAUUAUUUUUAAACAAUCUCCACACCUCCAAAGACCCUCCUCUUCAUUCCAGCUUGGAAUGUGGCUACUGAAAACCCAGUAGGGAGGAUUUUUGGGGCACGCAUCCCGACUAGGAUCCUGGUUCCCAGGCACGGAAUGGCUAGUGUGAGAACACCACCGGCAGGACCAUCUCAGAUCUUGGUUAUGGCAACUCAUGCAAGAUGCUGUUGAAUUAGACUGCUUUCCUAUCGAUGAGAAACCACACAAGCAGUGGUAUUUAUGAGCCUCCAUUUCCUAUACUACUGCAGUGAACCAACCUUGGACGUGAAAAUCGCCUUUUGUCAGGGAUUCGACAAACACGUGGAUGUGUCAUACGUUGCCAAACAUUACAACAUGAGCAAAAGCAAAGUAGACAACCAGUUCUACAGUGUGGAAGUAGGAGACUCGACCUUCACCGUUCUCAAGCGCUACCAGAACCUGAAGCCGAUUGGCUCUGGGGCUCAGGGAAUAGUUUGUGCUGCAUACGAUGCUGUCCUCGACAGAAAUGUGGCCAUUAAGAAGCUCAGCCGACCCUUCCAGAACCAAACUCAUGCCAAGAGAGCUUACCGGGAGCUGGUCCUCAUGAAGUGUGUGAACCAUAAAAACAUUAUUAGCUUAUUAAAUGUUUUCACACCCCAGAAAACGCUGGAGGAGUUCCAAGACGUUUACUUAGUGAUGGAACUGAUGGAUGCCAACUUGUGUCAGGUGAUUCAGAUGGAAUUAGACCAUGAGCGGAUGUCCUAUUUGCUGUACCAGAUGUUGUGCGGCAUCAAGCACCUCCACUCUGCUGGAAUUAUCCACAGGGACUUAAAACCCAGUAACAUAGUAGUCAAGUCUGAUUGCACAUUGAAGAUCCUUGACUUCGGACUGGCCAGGACAGCGGGCACAAGCUUCAUGAUGACGCCGUAUGUGGUGACGCGAUAUUACAGAGCCCCUGAGGUCAUCCUGGGAAUGGGCUACAAGGAGAACGUGGACAUAUGGUCUGUGGGAUGCAUCAUGGGAGAAAUGGUCCGCCACAAAAUCCUCUUUCCCGGAAGGGACUAUAUUGACCAGUGGAACAAAGUCAUUGAGCAACUAGGAACUCCGUGUCCAGAAUUCAUGAAGAAAUUGCAGCCCACAGUCAGAAACUACGUGGAGAAUCGGCCCAAGUAUGCAGGACUCACCUUCCCAAAGCUCUUUCCUGAUUCCCUCUUCCCAGCGGACUCCGAGCACAAUAAACUUAAAGCCAGCCAAGCCAGGGAUUUGUUGUCAAAGAUGCUAGUGAUCGAUCCGGCAAAGAGGAUAUCGGUGGACGAUGCCUUACAGCACCCGUACAUCAACGUUUGGUACGACCCCGCAGAAGUGGAGGCGCCUCCUCCUCAGAUAUACGACAAACAGCUGGACGAGCGGGAGCACACCAUUGAAGAAUGGAAAGAACUUAUCUACAAGGAAGUCAUGAACUCAGAAGAAAAGACUAAGAACGGCGUGGUAAAAGGACAACCCUCCCCUUCAGCACAGGUGCAGCAGUGAACAGCAGUGAGAGUCUCCCUCCAUCCUCGUCUGUCAACGACAUCUCCUCCAUGUCCACCGACCAGACCCUCGCAUCCGACACUGACAGCAGCCUGGAAGCCUCGGCAGGACCGUUGGGUUGUUGCAGGUGACUAGCCGCCUGCCUGCGAAACCCAGCGUUCUUCAGGAGAUGACGGGAUAGAACACAGCACACAUGCGCACACACACACACACACACAUGGUUCACACACACAUAUGCAUACACAAAGACACUCUCACACACGCACAGAGGCACACAUGCAAUGUCAAGAAAAUAGCAAGAGAGAGAUCCAACCUGGAAUUAGGAUAAAUCUUUCUGCCUGCUUCUCCAAAGUUCUGUAUCACAGCUAAGCCGAAAUGUAUACUUAACUUCUAGUAGCUCUCGCUUCGGUCUCCUUCCAACAGUGCUUACUACACAGAACAAACCAGACACAAUUAGAGAAGCCUUUCCCUAAAGUGUAAUUUAAGUGGCUGCAGAACCAGCAACCCGUAACUGCCCUUCAAAUGGCAUGACAAGGUGUGCAGUGGCCCCAUCCAGCAUGUGUGUGUCUCUAUCUUGCAUCUACCUGCUCCUCUUGGCCUAGUCAGAUGGGUGUAGAUACAGAUCUGCAUGUGUCUGUAUUCAUACGGCACUUCUUAGAGAUGCUCCUGUCAGUGUCCUCAGGGCUCCUACCAAGACACCGUGCACUGGGGUACCACCUGGUCCAUUCCAUGUGAUCUAUUACUCUGACAUCAAUCCAUCUGUAAUAUAUUGCCAGUAUAUAAGCUGUUUAGUUUGUUAAUUGAUUAAGCUGUAUGUCUUAUAAGAAAAUAUGUAAAGGGGGAGGGACAUGGGAGAGUGAACUCAGACCCUUCAAGAUGUAGCUUCCAAAUCUGAACCGAUUAAAUGGCACCUGUAUACCAAUUUGUAGAAAGAACAUAUGUGAUGCUUACGUACAGUGUGGGGGAGGGAGGAAGCAGUAGCUUCCAGAGGUCAAAGAGGUUGACCUUCAGGAGGACUGUGUGAGUCAAGGUUACAUUCUCUGGUGAUGGAUAAAUAGCAGGGACUUGAGCACAGGCUAGACCAUGCUCUGUAUUGUGGGUGAAAGGAAAUUGCUGCCCAGAUACUGGGAGACACCAAAAACCCAUGUUUUAAAGAUUAGACACCAUUUGUCAUUUUAAAAUGACGUCAAAAGAUAAAGCUUCUGGAGAAAGGGGAAGGCAGAGAGGCGGCAUCAUUGUGCACACACCCAAUGGUAAAAGCCUUUGCCUAAAACGGUGGAAUUACCUCCAUGUGAUCUCCUUCAGAGAAGAUAGCCCUGCCUGGACUAAUUCGCGAUUGUGGGGAAUGUUUCCCAUGUGUGGGCUGCUUCCCAGAGUCAUCCCUGCCAAUAGUUUUGUUUCCUUUCCAGAACUAGACUAGAAUAAAACAAAAUGGGAUCCCCAAAGCCAGGGUGGUCUUCAGGACGGCAUCUGUAUCUACAUGGAAAUGAUUGUCCCUCAGAGGGGUUGUCCCUCAUGGGGGCUUCCCAGACUCCUUGAUAUGACUGGUGUUUCAUACUUCCUGAUUUAUUUUCAUAGAUAUGUGUAAUUUGAGAAGGGCUGAUAACCUGACUUUUGUAUUGCCGUAGAUCUAUGAGAGCAAUAAUUCCGUGCCAACACAGCUCCUACUAGCUAGCAUUAGAAAAGACUUUGUCUUACAGCCAUGAAACAUUAACGUGUUUAGCAAAAUCAUCUGACCUUAGCUGAAAUUCAUGGAAGAUCCUACCUGAGCACUCUUGGAGGCACUACCAACCAUCGUGGUUAUAUACCGGGCAAUGCCGGUGCGGUUUCUGAGCAAUAACAGGCACCAGGCCCCGCUUCCCUUCUUCCUUCCCCGAGUGAAGCAUCCACCACAGCUCUUUGCACUCUGGCCAUUUUGGUGCUCACCUCUGUGGUGACAUUUCACCUGGAGAGGAAGUGAGACAUCCGAGGUGAAUGUGACCGACCUGGCCAAUGGGGAAACCCCCAAGUACACAGAGUAAACAGCAGCGUCGGAGCUCUGCAAACUGCCUUAAAUACAACACCAGGGAAGCCCUUAUCCUCUCAAGCACUAGAGUCAGUUAGGAACUCACCUGGCAAACACUGCACACCUGCGCACACCACACUGUAGGGCGGCUCUUCCUGGGACUGCUUCCCACAGCACGUUUCUUCGCAAGAUGUGGUACUGAAAAGGAGGGUGGAGGGAGGGAACUGUCUUGAGAGCUCACCUGCAGUUCAUCCCCUGGAAUAAAGGUAUCUCUGUCCUUUCCCCAUGCUUUUUGGUGAAUGUUGAUGAUCUUUAUAAAUGCCGAUGAAUUUUACAACGUCUCUCAUUUUCCCCUCUGCCAUCUUUUGUCCUUUUUAAAAAUGUAUCUGUAUCCCUAUUCUGCUCCUCUUUCUCUGUAUUUUGCUUUUACGCCUGUGAUAUUUACCCCUCCAGUCUGUAUGACACCAGAUUAAUGUAAAGAAUGGACAGUGGGCCGGGUGGUGGUGGCGCACACCUUUAAUCCCAGCACUCGGGAGGCAGAGACAGGCAGAUCUCUGUGAGUUCGAGGCCAGCCUGGUCUACAAGAGCUAGUUCCAGGACAGGAACCAAAAGCUACUGAGAAACCCUGUCUUGAAAAACCAAAAAGAAAAAAGAAAAAAGAACGGACAGUGGGCUUGGAAGAAGCAAGUCUCAAAGGGCAUUCCAUGGGGCACAAGAUGGCAUAACAAACUGGCAGGGUUCCCAGCAGAAGGGCAGGAGAGGUAGAGGAAAGCAGGCACAACAGAUCACCUCCCAGCUCCUCAGGCUGGCCUGGGUGCUCCUGUCUGUCUGUUGGUGUAUGUGGUGUAUGGCCUUGUCCGGCUGAGGAUCCUCAUGCAGAGAUUCCCCCACAGAGAAGAAAAGACAAAACAAGUCUCUUGGGUUUUCAAAAGUCCAUCCAAGUGGAGAUGGGGACUGGGAUCCUGGAUUCCGUGCAGGAUUAGUUUUAGCGGAUGGAAGGAGAGAUUGAAGGCAGGACAAUAAAGAAGGCCACCGUGUUGGAAGUUUCCCUUUCGCCAUCAGACCCCCUAUUAUUCUCGCUCUUGGGCAUGGUUAUACUCUGAGAAAUUUCUCAAUAUGCAUUGUGCCCUUCACUGGGUAUUCUGGGGGGGGGGGAACAAGUAAGCAACUGGAAAACCAAAUAUUUAGUUUAUGUGGCCACCUAUUACUGCCAAGGGUGUUCUUAUUUGGGGGGCAGGAAACUGUCCAAGAAGACCUGGACUGUGUCUGUGGGAGAAAUGAGGAGCUGCGAGUGUCCACAUUAAAACAGGAAGUUGGCAUUCUAAGGACUGGAGCAUCUGUGCUUCCAUGGGCAGCUGGUUAGACAGUACAGUGUUCCGUGGUGUUCUGUAGAAAGGAGAGGAGUGUAGCCCUUACCAGGAAGAACUGGAUUGCUACCAUGUUCUUGAUUUCUUGGCUACUUUAGGGUGUGUUUGCUGGGUGAGUUUACUCAUUUUUCCAAUGGGAUAUAUUAUAGCACAAUUGUUUCUUGUUCAAUAAAGAUUGAAAAUAGUCCCCCAUCCCUCAGACUCCAGUGUUAGAACUGCCUGGGUCUGUGACCUGCCGCUGCGCCAGGAUUUGGCCAAGCCCCAGUAGUUAGAGGAAACUUCUUCGAUUGAUGGCUUCACACAGUCUGCUAUCCCUAUCAGAACAAGUGUUGUCUAAAGACACUGACAACUGACCAGAAAGUGAAAAACUUGCUCAUGGAACACAGAACAAAUGGAAGGCAUGAAAAUGCAUAAAUCCAUUCAUGAUCUGUAAGUGAAAAUGAAUAAACAUAAUUUUAGAGCUCUUAAAUGUUUAUUGUAUAGUCCGGGUUAUACAGAGUCUAUUUCUGUUUCAUUUUCUUAGCAAGUAAGAAUCUGUGCCUGGAAGAAAUCAACAAGUUUUGCUGAAAGAGAUAACCUCUGUGGUUCAGAGACAAAGGGGAAAAUGUUUGGGGGAAUUCUGAUCCCCGCUUCUCUGGGUUUAAAGAAAAACCCCUCCCAGCAUGGCAAUGCUCCCACCCUCACAGACACACACACACGCGUUUUAAAUACAAGAAACCAACAUUUUCUACACUUAUCGUUGGAUAAGGCAGUCUUAUUUGAAGGAAAGACUAAAGAAUCUAAAAAUUUAUAAUGUAAAUAACAAAAUCAGUUAUUUUCGUUGUGAUUAAAUAUCAAUUCUAUUUCUUUGGGCACCCAAACAUGUCUUUAAUUGUUAGUUCACUUCAACCCAUUUCUUUUGUCAAAGCAAAGUGAAAGGCUUCUUUUACAUGUGAACCCCUGUUUAUUUCAUUUUUGAUCAGUGGGACCAAAGGCCAGUAUAUCCCAGCAGGAACAAAAUUCCUAGCCUGUGGAUGCCAUCACUGGUCCACCUUGCCAUGUCCAUCUUACAAUGCCACCUGCCUUGCCUCUGCCUGUUAUUCUGCAUGAUUGGACUCCAAAACCACACCUGAUGAAGAGAAUUGUCCUAGAUCGGUGUUUAUGAAAUGUAUAUAGAGCGCACAUGCACAUAACAUACUUAUAUAUUCUCAUGUAGUUCUUUGUCAACCUGGAAGCCAAAACCAUGUAUGUCGGAUUUCUUUGCAUAGUCUCAGAGGUGAGACCUGUUGUCAGUCACAUGGUAGAUAUACACUGUGCUCUCAAUGGUAUCUAAUAUGGAUCAGAACCAAUCAGUCCAUUCCUGUGUUCUUUCUCAUGUUCUUUCAGUUCCAUUUUUCCUCUUAUUUUAAAUGUGUCUGUUGGAAAGAGCACGAGUUGGACUCCCAGGUGGAAUCACGUCAACACGUUGUGAUUUGUAUGUCUUAUGGAAGUACAUGUCCCUUCUCAUAAAGCCAAUUGAAACCUAGACUCUGCUGGACUUUCCUUUUGGCAAUGCUGUUGCUCGCUCUCCUUUGUUUUCCCACACUGCCAGAGCUAUCAAGGGCUUCCAAGAUUUCCUUCUGACCCCGCUGAAAGAAACUUGAGGCAUGGUCAGGUUGUACCACAGAGUAAAUAAGAAGGAAGAGAUGGUCUCCUUCUCGGCCUAGAGAAAGGAGGUCGAAUGGCGUGUUCGUGCUUGAGAUUCAUUCAUUCCAGAAAGGCCUCUGCUCCCAUCGGCAGACACUAGUGUCGUGGCCACAGUUCAGGAAUAGCCAACAAGAUAACAAUGAACAAAACAUUGGUAAGCAGAUCAAGGUUACAUAUUUUUCAGAUUAAUCAACAAAUGAUCCAAUUGUAACUUUGUCUAAGAGAUUAAUUUUGUCUACACCAUUAUCUAACACGUCUUAUUGAAUUUAAGGAUGUGAAUGACAGCUUGGUGGAGUUCACCGAACCUAUCAUGGCUCCCCUGGCGAUGUCUGAACGGUAUUGAGGAGCUGCCUGCGUAUUUCUGUGAACAAUACAUUUUGCUCGUUUAAUUAAUAAAGAGCUCGAAAGGCAGACAUUCCCAUUA